CCAUCAGCCGCUGGAGGGACUCAAACCAGAGCCGGCAGGGGUCACAGAAAAUCACCUUCCAUCACUGAAGCCGAAGAGUAGACCGACGCUGCUGCGGCGCUCCUUGGUGGUCCAACACCCAUGACAGAGAAGCCCGACCGACUCUGAUCUUCACAGGAUUUAAUCGCCACACCGUCUAAAGCCCAAGCAAGAUGAAGGCAUUCAGCAUUGCAGUUGCAGUGACACUCGUGCUCGCCUUUAUUUGCAUUCUGGAGGUCUCCGCCGUCCCGUUCGCCGGGGUGCAGGAGCUGGAGGAGGCAGGGAGCAACGACACUCCAGUCGCGGCGCAUCAAGAGACGCCGAUGGAACCGUGGAUGAUAACGAACCACCUCCGGCAGAAGCGCCACGGCCACAUCGCAAUGUGCCGCUGGUGCUGCAACUGCUGCAGACGCCAAAAGGGCUGCGGACCCUGCUGCCUGUUCUGAGGACCCUCGCAACGACCACGAAACAUUAAUUUAUUACGCUUUUCAUGGCUCCUCCACAGCUGACCUUUCCUUCACUUCUUUUUGCUGCAGCAUCUUUUUUUUUUUUGUUUAAUAUUGUUUGAGUGCUAUGAUUCAGAGAAAAGCACUGACAAUUACUGCUCUCUCUUAUUUAUUUUAUAUGUUUUCUA